AUGGCUGGUAGGCUUGUCAACCUUGAUUCCAAGUUCGGAAUCACAAAGUGUGUUAAGAGAUACCAUGAUGAUGAUUUUAUAAGUCUGUUGCCUGAUGACAUUCUUCUUGAUAUCCUAUCUUCCCUCCCAUUGAAAGAAGCUGGCCGCACAAGUGUUCUUUCAUCUCGCUGGAGAUACUUGUGGAGUUACACCUCUUAUCUCAACUUUGAUGACUAUAGCACCAUGGAGAAGAUUAUCCAGGACCCGGAUCUUUGCUUAGUAGAGAGGGAAAGGGAAAAGUAUGUAAGGUGGGUGGAUUCGGUUCUCCAAUCACACAGAGGAUUCAGCUUGAAAGAAUUUAGAAUAUGUUUUACUUUAAUCCAUUCACCGUCAAUUACAAAGUGGCUUGAAUUUGCUUUUGAGAGGCACAUCGAAAAGUUGGAAUUGAACCUUAGAGAUGGUGAAUAUAUUCAUGGCCCAGAUGAAACUUACGUGUUUCCUCAAGAGUUGUUACGGGACAAUAGCAGAAUUUUCAACUAUAAAACCAUAAAAGUGUUGUGCUUAGACUGCGUUAAUGUCUCUGGUGAAGCUAUCGAGUUUCUCUUACGUUACUGCCCAUUACUCGAGCAGUUAGUUGUCUGUUUCUCCGAAUUAUUGUCCAGUCUUGAAGUUUGUGGACCAUCCCUCGUGUUAAAGCAUUUGAAGAUAUGGGACUGCAAAUAUUUGAAAUCCUUAAGAAUAUCUGCUCCAAAUCUUACUACGCUUAUACUUGAUAAAAUAGAAGGCAUCUUGCUUGAGGAUGUUCCAAUGCUUCUUGACGUUUAUGUGGCCUUUGGAGACUCUCUACCUGAUUCUAUGCAUGUACAAAGGCUAGUUCCCACACUGCUUUGUUGUUUUUCCCAAUUGGAGAUUCUCACCUUGAACAUUUAUGGGAGGAAGGAGCUUCUAUCAACGCCCGAUUUCCCUGUGAUGCCUAAACUUAAGAAGUUGGUCUUCGUGAAAGUUUUAUGUGGAGUGGACUGGAGUCUUCUAGACCUAGCUCAUUUUAUCACGGCAUCUCCCAACUUGCAAGAAUUUGAGUUAAAGCAACAAAUCAUUGUUGCUGAAAGGUCAAAUAGAGAAAUUCAGAAGGGAGUUGAGCACUUUCCACUGCACCAGCACUUGAAUGUUUUUCGGUUUUUAGGUUAUUAUGGUUGCCCAAGUGAUGUUGAACUAGUCAACUACUUGUUGGAGAAUUGUCUCGCACUUAAGGAGAUCAUUGUUGAUACCCAACCUCCGGACCCUCUUGCCUAUGAGCCAGUGGAUCCUGAAGAAUUAAAAUUGAUCGAAAUAGCAAAGAUUUAUGCUAAACAGCAGCUGGAGCCGCUAGUACCUAAGCACAUUAGCUUAUUUAUAUGUUAA